CACACACACACAUGGCGUCCACCGCGCCCGUGCCUCUCCCUCGGCAGGAAAGAGAGAGGCAGGGGGAGGGGCGAGGCGCGAGUCACGUGACCGGCCUCCUCGCACUCCAAGAGGUCGAAGCGGAACGUCAGAACUCUCUCGAAGGAACCGAAGUCAAGUUCUCAACCAUGACGUGGACGCUUCGCACAGGCUGGCUGACCUGUCUGCUGGUGACCUGGGCGGCCGCUGCUGUUCUUGACACCCGGGAGACGCCGACGGCCGAUGCAGAUUCAGACGAGGUCCCGAGGGGCGAGGACGAGGUCGUGCUCGAUCCUGUGGCUGCCAUGGAGCGCUGGAGGGAGCUCAAGGCGAGGCUCCUGAAGCUGAAGCCGACCGAUGUGGAACACGACCCCGACCGCGACGAGGAGAACGACCGCCACCUCAGGUCGCUCUUCCCGGCCGGCUACAGCGGGUGCUCGUGCUCGGACCUGGCUGCCAUCGCCGCCCAGAUCACCAUCUUCGAGACGGAAAUCAAGGAGAUCGGGAAACUGGAGGACAAGCUCGAACUCACGGCGGCAGCCAUCAAGCAACUCGCCGCCUGGUUCGACUCAGGAGUCAAGGGCCCCCAGGGACCAGCAGGGACCCCCGGCGAGCCCGGCGUGACGGGUCCCCCCGGUGACUCUGGCGAGGCUGGCGCGGACAUCACCGUGGACCGGCGAGGCGUCCCGGGCCCCCCAGGCCCCCCAGGUCCCGUUGGCGUCGGGGGCGUGAACGGCGACCGCGGAGACUGCACCAAGGGCGACAAGGGCCAACGCGGUCAGAAGGGCGACCCGGGCGUGGGCGUGAGGGGCCCCCGAGGACCCCCCGGACCCCCAGGCGAGAGGGGCAGCCCCGCCCCCAACUUCUCCGGCAAGUAGAGGCGCAGGGCCCCUGCGAAGACCUUCGGCUCCCAAGUGACUCUGCCGCCAGUCCUCGUUCCAUUCAGCGGCGCCCGCUCGCAGCUGUUCCAAGAAACCCGAAGGCGUUCGCGGGCAGCAGCCGGCCUCGCGAGACGCCGACUGCCGAAACGAGGACAUUCACCGAGAACUGGCCCGUGUACCCUUUUGCUAAUAAACUCAGAGAUCACCA